AUGUGAUCUCAUGCUGUUCUGCCGGCGACGCAGACCAAUUGAAGACAAGGCAGCUAGGCCUGAUGUGAUUUUUACUGUCUUCAACAUUCUUCUCUUCUACCUUCUUGUGAUGUGAAUUGGAAUAAAUCGCUGUCGUCGGAGAGGAAAAGAAUUAUUGGUAGAGGCAGAAAAGGAGAAACGAGACAUGUCCAAACUGUCGCCCUCGCUCAAGGCGCUCAUCAACGCGCCCUUCGCUCGCCCCGGCCAAGCACCGGCCCCACGACACAUCCGUGACAUCUACACCCGCAUUGCGCGCGAGGCAAGAGAGCGGCAAUAUGGCGAGCGUCCGUGGGUGACGCUCUCAGCAGCAGCAACUUUUACCCUCAACUCACCCGAGUCCCUCCUCAACCUCCACCAAAUCGCCUCCUCCUCCUCCUCCUCCUCCUCCUCCUCCAACCCUUCUCUAACCCCAUUAUCAACCGCCGAACUGAUCCGGGAAAUCGGUCUAAAAUGCAUCUCCUUCAACGGCAUCCCACGGACCAUCAACUGCCUAGGCGCCUUCAAGGCCGGGAUCGCGGCUGAGCCCUGGGCGGCCGACCUCGCGACGACCUCAUCACGGGAACUGACGCCGGACAACCUGCCCGCCGUCGCCCGCCGGGGGCGCGAGCUCUGGCGGAGCAUCUACACGCCGUUUGACGAGAAGCUCGAGGCCAAGCUGGCCGAGUCGCACCCGGACCUGCCCGUGCACAUCCUGGGCAGCCACUACGGCCCGCUGCUGGGCGAUCCCGAAGGAGGAGCAGCGGGAGAUCGUAAGGGGCUGGCCAGCGUCGGCAGGAACCUGACGAGCGUCGUGGCCAUUGCCUGCUUGCGCGCCCAGACCGGGGUCGGGCCGCAGGUUCUGUCUCAUGUGUUUGGGUUGCGGAAGGGGGUUGAGCAGGGGACGCAUUGGCACGAGUUCGGUUCGGAAAAGGGUGAGGCGGAGGGGGUGGAGAGGUUGGCGACGGACGAGGGGUGCGAGUGGCUCCUGAGGAGUGUGGACGACAUUGCCGCGGCGAUUGGGGGGGGUUUUGCCAGCUGGGAAGGGAAGAGGGAGGCGAAGUUGUAGAUGAGGCGAUACGUAAGGUCAGGGGUUGGUGUAAAUGUCGUACUAUUAUGUACAUAGAUGCUAAUAGAAGUAGGUAGGUAUGCAGCAGAAGGCCAAAG